UAAUGUUAAUAAAUAAUAAAAUGGACGACCACUUUACGUAUGAUGUCUUAUAAACAACUAAUUUUACGAACAACCACCACGCAGCACCUUAUUAUCCCCUCUCCGCUCUGUAGAAAGCCCUCUCAAUUCUCAAAUCAAAAGUCAAGAGAUGGAAAGCUCUGUAGCGCUCUUCAACCAGCUCAAGGGUGCUGAGCCAUUUUUCUUGCUGGCUGGACCUAAUGUUAUUGAGUCUGAGGAGCAUGUGAUGAAGAUGGCCAAGCGCAUAAAAGAUGUCACUUCUAAGCUUGGGUUGAAGCUAGUUUUCAAGUCUAGCUUUGACAAGGCUAAUCGUACUUCGUCGAAAUCAUUUCGGGGUCCUGGAUUGGAAGAGGGGCUGAAGAUACUUGAGAAAGUCAAACUGACAUAUGAUCUUCCUAUAGUGACAGAUGUGCAUGAGAGCAGCCAGUGUGAAGCUGUUGGAAGAGUUGCAGAUAUAAUUCAGAUUCCAGCGUUCCUCUGCCGACAGACUGAUCUCUUAGUUGCAGCCGCCAAGACUGGGAAGAUUAUCAAUAUAAAAAAAGGCCAAUUUUGUGCUCCUUCUGUCAUGGUAAAUUCUGCGGAGAAAGUUAGGCUUGCUGGAAACCAAAAUGUGAUGGUUUGUGAGCGAGGCACAAUGUUUGGAUACAAUGAUUUGAUUGUUGACCCCCGGAACUUCGAAUGGAUGAGGGAAGCAAAUUGCCCAGUUGUAGCUGAUGUAACACAUGCGCUACAACAACCUGCAGGCAAAAAGCUUGAUGGUGGAGGUGUUGCAAGUGGAGGUCUGCGUGAACUAAUACCAUGUAUUGCAAGGACAUCAGUUGCUGUUGGGGUAGAUGGACUCUUCAUGGAGGUUCAUGAUGACCCACUGAAUGCACCAGUUGAUGGUCCAACUCAAUGGCCAUUGCGGCACUUGGAGGAGCUGCUCGAAGAGCUCAUAGCAAUUGCUAGGGUAACGAAAGGGAAAAAACCAUUCAAGAUUGAUCUCACACCAGUUCGCGAUUAAAGGAAUUUAAUCGCACUCCGAAUACUUUAUUGAUACAUCAAGAAAUUAUUCUGAUGUUCUCUGUAUUGGACAUGUUACCUACUAUUGUGAUCUUCCUCAAAAAUUUGCAAGAGUAGACGCAUGCGAUUUUGUUACGGUCUUCAAUAAAACGUGAACUUCUUGAGUUUUCAA